AAGAAGCCAAAUGGUUUGAGUGGUCCCAUCUGUGUAUGUCAUGUCAUGUGCACUGACAGAUCCCGCCCAUUCGUCAUGCCAUGACUGACUGCGGCCUGAGGCCGGUAGGCUUACUGACUGCCACACACACACACACACACGUCAAUCAACCAAGCAAGCAGCCAACCGACCAACCAGCCAAGACCCAGCAGCAACCACCCAACCACCACAACCACAUCAACAACAGCAAGUGUGCUGUACCAGGAAAAACACGCCAUCCAUUUCCCUCCCUCCCUCCCUCCCUCCCUCCCUCCACGCGCAACGCGACAAUCCACCCCAUCCCUCGCUCAGAGCACGCGAGGCUUCCUCAUCAUCGGAAUGUCGUCCGCAUCCGACCCGAGGCUCUCCUCGGGAUCAACAAUCUUGAUCCGCCUGAACCACACAGCAACAAACGAAUCACAUGCACCGAUCUCGCCUGUCAGUCGGGUGGGUCGGGUCGGCAACUCUGCUUACUGAGGCGGCCUCUCGGGCAGGCCCAUCUGCUGUCGUCGCAGCUUGUAGAGGAACUCUCUGUACGCCUCGGUCCUUGCGUACGCGCCGCUCGAGGCCGCCUCGGGCAGCCGCUCAACAUAUCCCCUGGCGAACUUCUCGUAGUUGUUGCUCUGGUAGUUGUCGAACCAGUCCGCAGACACAUAGGAAAAGAAGACGCCGAUCCCGAGGAGCGUGCUCAUUAUCCACAUGGUCUGCUUCGGCGUGCGUGGAGCGCCGAGGAAGUUGGGGAAGAAGCGGUAGCUGGGACGCUCGGGAUCAAACUUGCGCCACGAGUCCAUCUUGGCGGCUGGGCGAAGCCGCCAGGAACUCAGGCGGUGGCAGUCUUCGGUGGUGGUGGUUAAGGGUAAGAUUUGGCAGUCUUCUG